AUGUUAAAUCAACAUAGAAUUUUAAAUAAAAUAAUUUUUAAUAAUUAUAAAUAUAUUAACUUCGUUAAAUAUUCCUAUAAUGAUCUUAGGUAUAAAGAUUUUUUUAUAAAUUUUAAUCGCACAAUUACCACAGAAAAUUCUCAUAAAUUUCUGUUAACGUCCACAAGGUCCUUAAAUUUCAAUAUCCAUCGGUUAUUUAAUACACUUUCUGAAUCAAAGGUAGUGGUAGAAUCUGAAAUAGUUAAUCCUAGUUUCGAAAAAAAAGUAGGAUGGUGGCUUAUGGGAUGUUCUGGUCUUACAGCCUUUAUAAUGGGAUUCGGAGCAUAUGUGAGAUUGAAAGAGAGUGGGUUGUCCAUGAUAGACUGGAGUUUCCUGGGCCUUCCAUUGCCGAAAGACGAAGAAACCUGGAAUGCCGAGUUCAACAAAUACAAGAAAACGCCGGAAUACAAGAGUGUCCACUAUGACAUAAAUUUGGAGGAGUAUAAGAAUAUAUUUUUGAAGGAGUGGCUGCACAGAAUGAUAGGAAGAGCAUCAGGAGCCUUUUUUGGAAUAGGAGCAUUGUACUUUACACUGAGAGGAGCACUUAAACCGAAGGGGCACCUGUUACUAUUAGGAAUUGGAUCAAUUGGAGUGUUCCAAGCGUUUGUGGGCAAGUGGAUGGUCGAGAGUGGAUUUUUUGAACCAAAAACAGAAAAUAAAACACCCAGAGUUUCUCCGUAUAGGCUGUGUUUCCACUUUUUGAAUGCCACGGCAAUUUAUUCACUUUGCCUGUACAAUGCACUCAACCUCGUAUGUGGAAGUUUAAAGUCCGUUCCAAUUACGAAGGACCUUCUUAAAAUUAAGUCACUAACAAGAACAACGCUCGUUUUAACACUCUUGACAAUGGCAUAUGGCACUUUUGUGGCGGGUAACGAUUCGGGUUUAGUGUACAACACAUGGCCGCUGAUGGAUGGGAACAUAAUUCCACCAGAGCUAUAUAAAGUGUCAAGCUGGAGGCAGUAUUUUGAAAAUGACGCUCUGGUACAGUUCAAUCACAGGAACCUGGCCUAUUUGACGGUACUUUCCGCAGUGUCCCUAGUAGUGUCAGCCAAGAGAGCCAACGUCCACAGGUCAGUCAAAAGGCUAUCGAUGGGAGUUCUGCACGCCUCAAUACUGCAAGGAUUGAUAGGAAUUGUAACUCUUCUGUACCAAGUUCCUCUGCACGGGGCCCUAACUCAUCACGUAAACGCAGUUGCAUUAUGGUCUGUAAUGCUUGCUCUACUAAGGGUAGCAAAGUAG